AUGAGCCAAUUAAUUCAAAAUACUGAAAAGGAAUUCUAGGAAUUGACUAAAAAAAUGGAAACUGCAUACUCAUCUUAAACUCAAGAUGUUUAAAAGAACUUAUUAAAUGACUUGAUUGAAAUUAGAAAAGCUCUCUAUACAGAUUUAAGCAAUUUUUAGGGUGAAAAUUUAGAUGAAGAAAAUAAGAAAUUAAGAGAAGAAAAUGCAAGAUUAAAUUACAGAAUUGAAAUAUUAACUAAAAGUCUCAGAGAAGUUUUAAACAACAAUAAAGUUAAGGAACUCGAAAAAGAAAACGAAAAAUUGUAAUACAACGUUAAUCAUCUUAGAAAUAUUGUCAGAGAAAAAGUUCUUAACAAUUGA